AUGAGAGGACUUAUAAUACGCUUUGCAUUUGCUGAAUAAGUCUCCAUCUAAACCUAGACUUAUUUAAAAAGAUCAUAUAAGGAAGCAACUGUAGAAAUGGCCAUAAAUCCUUUGAAUCCAUAUCACUAAUGGUUCAUAAAAGUAAUCUUAAAUUUUAUAUUUUUAGCUAGAUGGUAAAAGUGUUAAGACUUAGCAACGUAAUAUUUUAGCUGUUCCUUCUCCAUAAUUGGCAGCCUGUAUUGCAACAGAAUUCAAUCGUCAGAAAGAAUACUUAAGUUUUAAACAAAUGCCACUCUUAAUGCUUGCCAGAAAUGCUAUUGAUUUAGAUUAUGAUGCAACAAAUAGAGAAUAUAUUGAAAAAACUAUCAUUUACCAUUUAGAAAAUGAUGCUAUCUUACAUCGUAUAAACAAACAAUCACAACUUCUAAACAUUCAGUAACAAUAAUUGGAUCCACAAUUAAAGUUCUUCAAUUCUAGAUUUGGAAUGGAUAUAUAGGUUAAUGAUGGUGUUCAAAUUUCAUCACUAAAUUAAUAAAAUAGAGUCAAAAUUGAAUCCUUAAUCAGAGGACUAAAUAAUUGGUAAUUAGUCAGCCUUAGUUCUCAAGCAGGUAUUAAUUUAAUAUAAUAUUAUUAGAUAAUCUCAAAUCCUGCAUAUUGGCUAUUUAAUUAUCUUAUGGUCUACUCGAUUCAGAUAAAGCUAUCUCACUUUGUGAUAUUUAAAGUUAAAUUAAUAAGAAGGCCUCAGAAAAUGAAAAUCCAUAAGACUCAGACAGUGAAGAUAAUGUAAUUUCCACUAAUGUAAAAGGUGCCUAAUUAUUUUCAUCCUUAAUUUAUUCCUAAAGUAUCCUUUAUUGA